AUCAUGUGUUGUUCGCUUUAAUUCAACAACUUAUUCAAAUUGUCGGUCGGGUAGUGCGCGAUCGAUUAAAUUGAUUAUUGUGUUAGUGAAGUAAUUUAACUGUAGGUACCUACAUUUAAAAACGUGUAGGUACUUUUGCCGGUAUACGGGCAGGUAACACCACGGCUUCUAUUUUAAUUCGGAAUAGUGAAUACACCUACAGGCAAAAGUGUAAAAACGACAGAAAAUGCCCCGCAAAAGCAAGCACGUCCCGCCAAAAAAUAUUAAUAACAAUGAAAGUCCAGAAUUUAUUGAUGAUUUAGUUUCUGAAGAGUGGGUCGACGUGACGGACGAAUAUGUUAUCAAGAACACUUCCAAAACAUUGCCGGUGUCGAGUGAAAACCCGCCAAAAUCGGACACGCCAUGUCCAGAAGUCGAAUCACUAAAUUCGCCGAAAAAGAAAAAAAGAAAAUUGAAGAUGCCUCUAACUUUUGACGAAAUCCUAGGAAAACUUAAUUUCAAUACAUUGUACUUGAAAUUCACGAAAUUAUUACAAUUCUUGGAAAGUGGUGAUAAUGAAAUGUUGUUCCCGUUCAUAACUAGACGAUAUGAAGAGUUUUUCAAAAUAAUCGUCCAAGACAUUAAUAUUUUGAAAUCAAGGAGUUUGGAUGCUAAUUAUAGAGAUAUUUGUGAUAAAAUAAUUGAGGUUGGCAGCUUCAAGAAUUCGGGAUACCUUUUGACCUAUAACUAUGAUUUACGGACGGAGUUUAAAAAUCCCAUCUUAGUCAUCAAAAAAAUUUACACCCAAAGCCCUUUUAAUUUGGAAGGAACAAGUUCAUCAGAUAGCAACCAACCUUCUCCGUUACCCGACAUGGAACCUCGUCAUUCACCAAAAAGGUUCAAAAACCUCACAAUAUCUAACAGUUUUAAAAUCCACUGCUUACACUCAGCACUGGUAUUCGUAAAAAAUAAUCUGACCAAAAAUAUAGAAUUUCCGGAAUUAACGUCCGAGCAGGCGGAAUUCAUACAGUUGUUAUUGCAAAGUAUUAUAACCUUUGCCGACUGUGAAAAUGUCUCUGAGGUCAAUGAACUAUAUAGAGCUUUGUGGGAAGCGGUCAAAAUUCACAGUACAAAGUAUGAUUUUAAAGUUAAUAUAGACAGUUGCGGUGAUAAAAAGAGUCUAGUCUUUGAAAAAUUACCAAAACAGAAAAGGGUUGAGAGUGCGACUUAUACAAAACAACGCAGGAUCAAUAUAACACCACCACUUAGCUUAAACGAACAUACAGUCACUGAAAAUCAAUCAAAUGUUACAGAAAUGGUUAUUUGUACAAACCAAGAAAUUAGUGCAAAUGAUUCUACUGUAAGUGAGAUUCAACCAGUUGUUACCACAGACCAAUCUAUGGGUCCAAAUGAACCUGUGGGCUUUAAUGACCCUGUGGGCUUUAAUGACCCUGUGGGUUUAAAAGACCGUGCCAUUGAUAACACAGAACCCAAAACUGAAGUUACCACAAAUCAACCAGAAAGGCAGACACAAAGAGAUGUAACAGACCAACCCACAACUAUUAUAAAUGAACCAGUUGUUAGCACAAACCAAAUUAUGGGUUCAAAUGAACUAGCUAUUAAUACUGUACAAAUAAUACAAACUGAAGUUACCACAAAUGAACCAGUAGUACAAAUACAAGAUGAAAUAAAAAUACCCACUGAUAGUUCAAGUGGACCAACUAUAAAUGGUAUAGACCCAGCUGUGAACACAAACCAACCGACACUUAGUGUAAACAAACCAGAUAUAAGUGUGAUUGAACCGGGUGUAAGCACAAAGCAACCUGCAGUAGAGACUGAAUCAGCUGUUGGUAUCAUAGAUCAGGUAGACUCAAACCAAUCUACGGACCAAAAUGAACCAUGUCCAAGUGGACCAGAAGAACCAAUAACCAGUUCUGCGGUUGAUAUAAACCCAGUAGUUGAACAACCUAAUGCCAACAACUCUGUCACACUCACUAACCAACUAGUUGAUAAGAAACAACCCGUUCUUAAUGUGAAUCAACCAGUGUUUACCCCAAGUCAACCAGUGUUUACCCCAAGUCAACCAGUGUUUACCCCAAGUCAACCAGUGGUUACCCCAAGUCAACCAGUGGUUACCCCAAGUCAAACAGUGGUUACCCCAAGUCAACCAGUGGUUACCCCAAGUCAACCAGUGUUCACCCCAAGUCAACCAGUGUUUACCCCAAGUCAACCAGUGUUUACCCCAAGUCAACCAGUGGUCACCCCAAGUCAACCAGUUGUUAGUGUAAACGGACCUAUGACUGGUGAAAACAAAUCAACUGGACUAAAACCAUUCGCAUGUUAUAAUCGCGAAGAUCUUAUUAUCAAAAAUCCAAGUCAAAAAACUAAAAUAUACCCUCCGAUAAAACCGUCGCCGAAAAAAAUACAAAAAAUGAAAAACAAAGCCACUUUUGUAUACAGAUUGCCUAAAACAUUCCUUUGCAAUGCUUUUAAAACUAUCAUAAAAUUUCUAGCAGACGAGAGAAGGGAUAAAAUGAUAUUCGUACCUACUACUCAGGAUGAGUUAGUGUUCUAUAGAAAAUGUAUGGAAUGGACUAAAGUGGAACUUGACGCGAUUUUCGACGCAGAAUAUAAAUUUUAUGUUAAUCAAAUCGUUGAAUAUUUGUCUUACAUGAAAGUUCAGGUGCCGAAACCUGCCAAGGAAUGUUUUAAUCUAGCCACUGGUAUUAGGGAGGUGACUUAUGUCAAGAAAAAGAAACACCAUUGCAACGGCAAACCUAUGGUAAAACCGCCGGUACCAGAAUUCAAAAUUCCCAACAUUGUUACAAGCAAACCGAUAGUAAUACCGCCCGUACCAGAAUUCAAAAUUCCCAACAUUCAUACAAGCUUGAGGAAUAAGAAGAAAAAUAAAAAGUUAAAGAAUAAAGACUUAGUAAAACUGAGAACACCAAAAAGCAAAACAUCGGUUGUAGGCGUGAGCGACAAUAAGAUAUCUAAGAAAUCUUCCGACUCAAGCAGUGUUAGCAGCAGCAGUCGAGGAACUAGCCAGGAAAGAAAGAAAAAAACUAAGAAAGCUAGGAAAAUUAAAAAACGUUUGCCACAGGAAAUGGAAGUGGCACCUAAAAGUACGAGCUGUAAUGGCAAGAAGAUGCGAUGGGGCGACGACGCGAGGAAGGAACAACUUAUAGAGGCUCUGUCUGUGCCCGUGCAGAGUGAUAAAGCUAUGAGAAUAAUGCGUGGUAUGGGCUGGAGCGGCGGGGCGCUGGGCGCGAGGGGAGAGGGCAUCACUGAGCCUAUUAUGCCUGUUCUCGAUCUUCCCAAAGGAUAUGGUUUCGGUGCUUACAAACUAACGCCCCAACCGGAAAUGGUUCCCAAAAAACGUGCACCACCCAAACCGGUCACAGUUUGGCCAACAGACAGUAGCGAGGAAGCACAACUAUCAGAAAACGAUAUUAUUGUAGAAAAAACUAAAGAAUUACUCUAUACAAAACCUUCAUUUGAUACAUUCAUGAAAGGAGAUGGCAAUCAACCAAAAAUGGAUCUGGAAAUUAUAGAUUUAGACGCCGAAUAUCCAGAUGAUAAUUUCAAAAAAGCGGAGGUCCCAAAAAAGACCUCUAAAGCUAAAAAAACUAAAACAGAGACCGUUAAAGCGAAACUUAUAAAAUCUAUAAUGCAAAUACCUACUCAGACCAGACAUGGGGCACUGCUCGAUCAAAACCCAAACUAUAUUAUAGAAUUUGAACCCAGAAAUUUCCGCAAAGAAGUUCUAGAGACAGUUCUAGAAAUUUUGACAACGGACUUGAAAGCAAAGAGUCUGACAUUUGACAGACCCAUCAGUCAGAAAAAUAAGCAAUAUAUGUUGCAUUUGUUGAAAAAUCUUAAAUAUAGUAGCAAUGUGCAGGUAGCAUGGAAUGAACAAUGUCUAGCCGAUGAGAUUGUGGAGAAAUAUAAGGAUUUACCCGAUGUUUUUGUAAAGGGUUCCGUUUCUGAUGAUCGAUUGGUAGUGGAAUUCGAAAAGCUACAAAUCAUCAACGAAGAUCGUGACACCAACGAAAUUAUACAGGACGAAAACGUUUGUGAAGUUACCGACUAUAUAAGAUCCUGUGGCGUCAAAUGUGAUACGCGAAAAGCUUUGGACAACCUAAAAUUCAGGGUUCUAACACUUAUGAAAAUACUAGAUUUUGUCAAGUCAGAUAAUGAAGAAAUUGAAAUAGAAUUCAAUAAUGUUUUGCCGAAAAAACAUAGGAAUUAUAUUCAGUCUGCUUUGGAUAGUAUCAAUUUAAGACAUAGACUUGGAGAAAGUAAACCAGAAGGGGAUUUGUCGGAUGAAAUUAAGAAGUUUAUUGGAGAUGUUUUUAUAAGCCAUAUGUUUAAUCAUCGAUAUAGUGCCGUAACAUAUAGCAAGCAUUUUCACACCAAGCGGUUCCAUACACCACCAGUCAACGAAAACCGUAGAAAAGUAGACAAACGUAAAACUGAAGAAAUUAUUGACCUCGACAAUAAUAACAGUAAACCUGAUCAUACUGAUAGUACUGAUAAUUCUAAGAUUACUGAUAAUCUUGAGAUUACUGAUAAUCCUGAGAUUACUGAUAAGCCUGAGAUUACUGAUAAUCCUAAGAUUACUGAUAAAGAAAAUAAUGAAACUGCUGAUUGUGAAGUCACUGGCAGUGAUUAUGUUGUCACUGUUGAUGAAAAUGAUGUGACUGUUGAUGAAAAUAACGUAACUGAUAAUGACUGCAUAGAUUUAAGUUCUGAUGAAGAUAGUUUUAGAAUUUCUCCUAAAAUACUGCCGCCUAGAGACGAAACUGUUAGUAUGUUUGAAUAUCUGUGUAUGUAUGAUACAUCGAAUUACAGUUUUAAGGCUGAAAAACCAAAUGGCAGUGUUGAGGAUGAAAAAGAUAAUAUUUCAGAAUCUCAAGUUACAAAUAACUGGGAUAUUGAGACAGAAAAUCAGGAUGAAACCAUGGUAGAAAUUGGUUUGAAUAAUCAAAUUCAAGAGAAUAUAGAAAAAGAAGAAUUGAUUGAAGUAAAUGAAGAUGAAUCAUCUAAAGAAAUCAGUGAAAAAUCUAGCAAAAUGGACGAUGAAGAAAUUAUUAAACGUAUUGAUGACAUUAUAAAGACAGAAGAUAAGACUGAUUGUGAUAUUAGUUUUGAUAAAGAGGAUUUAGUGUUAAGUGAAGAAAAUUAUGAUAAUCAAUCUUUAGAAGCUAGUCAUUCCAAAACGGGUGAAAUAGAAAACGGUAUAGAUAUAACAGAUAAGAAAAGUACAGAAAUUAACCAUGUAUACAUAGUUAACUUACAUUAUCCUACUGAAAUAAUAAAAAACGAAAAAGCUAAAGCGGUUCAAGAAGUUAUUUCGAAGCAAAUAAUGCUUUCUAAAGAAUUACCUUUGCUCAAGUGUCAUGGCGUCCAAUAUGGCGCCCUCAUUUAUACUUGCCAUAACAAAAAUACAUUUGAUUUUCUCGAAAAUUCGAUAAAAAAUAUUGGUGAUCUAAAAGUGUUGAACACUAUAAAUGUUACCAAAAUGGCGGCUAAAUUAUUUUGUUUGUUUGAUUUUGAUUCUGUUUACUUAUUUAAUAUGAUAGAGUUGUAUAACAAGGAGGUUUCUACCAAACAGUGGGUGGUAGAAUCGAAGGAGUUUUGUGAUGGUAACACCAUUUUCAUUAUAGAAAUGGAUAAGGAUUCCAUUGACUUUAUACAUGCGUCUGAUCUCUCGUUAUUUGCGGGUGUCGACAAAGUAGAAUUUAGCUUGAUCUGGGAAUAAAUAAACAGGUUUUUUUACUCUCAA